AUGCAUUUGACUCUUGAAUUCGCUGGUGGUGCUGAAUUAUUAUUUGGAAAACAAAAAAAUCAUUCAAUCGAUUUACCAGAUAAUAACUCACCAUGGACUAUUCGAACAUUACUUGUAUGGAUACGUGAAAAUCUUCUUCGUGAACGGCCAGAAUUAUUCAUUCAAGGUGAUUCUGUACGGCCUGGCAUUUUAGUUCUCAUAAACGAUACUGACUGGGAAUUGUUCGAUGGUCUUAAUUAUCAAUUGAAAGCAAACGAUAAUAUUUUGUUUGUUUCUACAUUACAUGGUGGAUAA